UUGGCGCUCGCUGUCCAGUCUGAGACUUAGCAGACCUUGCCUUGUUGUUCUCUACGGCGACAAUCCUUGUUGUAACAAACCUAUUCUGUGGAGCGCGCUCUCCAGCUUGAACCAUGGGGCGCUACACGACGGUCCAAGCAUACAGCGACAACAACCCGAAGCUCGUGCACGUGAGCUAUGACCAAGCCAAGGGCAAAGACAAUGACGAGGGAAAGGCGGGCGGCAAGCUUGUCGUCGAGAAGACGGACCAGGUCAUGGGCAGCUGCGCCGGCGCAGGGUCCGGCGAAUUCCACACAUACCGCGCCCACCGGCGGAGGGAAAUGCAUCGAGUGGCAGCGAUGGACGAAGAGGCCCACAUCACUGAAGCAACAGCAAAGCUGCACGAAGCGAUAGAAAAGGGCAAGAACGAAUGCGAGGAGCGGACACGCAAGAAAGCGGAGAAGCGGAAGCGGAAGAAGCAGGCCGCCAAAGCUGGCAACAGCAACGGCGCCAAGCAAGCGAAAACCGGUGCCGGCAAGGGUAAGGGCCCUUCGUCUUCUUCCACCAGCAGCAGUGGCGGCGGCAGCAGCAGCGACGGUGUCACCGCGGAAGAAGACGAGUUUGUGUACAUUCCGGAGGCCGAACUCGCAGCGGCCGGAGGGGACGGUGGGAGCGGGUUCAAGAACGAUGGCAGCUUCUUGGAGAUGAUGAAGAAGGAGCUCGAGAAAAGCGAAUCCAGUGGCAAGCCAUCCGCUUCUGCCGCUGGCACUGGCAAGGCAAUCGUUGCUAAGUGAAACAACCUAUAGAAGGGUGCGCGUUGUGGCAAGCUUUAUGCACCGAUACAUGAGUGUCCCGUGUGUUUGGGUCCUCGCUGUAGUCGUAGUAGGCCUGCUAUUACGGCGAUAGCUUGUUGCCUGUAGCGGGCACAUGUUGGUGUCAUGUUUUGGUGGACGUGUGGCCACACGAACUGGACGUGCCCCUGAAACCGCGCCGCGUCGUGCUCCCGCCGAUAACUUUGAAGAGAUUUGGGGAGGUUAGCGAUGCCGGCAGCAUAGCUUGUGCCGUUGGAACUGGCGGUCGGGUCCAUCGCAUUGGUGCGUUGUACAUGCCUUGGUCUACUUGGCUCUCUACACCUUGUAAGUAGUAUACUUCAUAAUCUAAUUUCGUAGAUAAUCCAACAAGGAGGCUAGACCACUUAGUCGUACGCUGGCGAACGGGUAGGGUCUUCUUUUUACAACUUCCGCAUUACAGCUUAGCGUUGACUGUCACGACCCUUGUCGGUGUCGUCUACUUAUGGCAAAUGAGGCCUGCGCGCCCUGAUGAGUAGUAAAGAAGAACGGCAACAUCACUGGUGUGGUCGGUCGCUUACCGUGCGCGGUCGGGGUAAACGCCUCCCUUCGCCACCUCGAACGUGUUCUUCGGCGGUGCAUAUAUAAGAGGUUUUGGCGUUAACUCAUGAAAUCGGAC